GGGGGCGUUCGGGGGGGCGCCCCCAGGGUUUUAUCUCGGCCUCGGUGAAAUAUUAACCCCACAAAACCCGCGCCGGUUGCAAAACUUCCCCCUUCAAGGGACGAGGGUCACCCGCUGUCCCCUCUGUGACCCCCCCCCCCUCCCCAAGUGCCACCCCCCGAGUCCCGGGGGGGCACAGCAGGGUCCUGUCCCCCCCCAAAUCGCGAUCCCCGGGGGUGUCCCCCCAUCCCCGCUGCCCCGCACGUGUCGCGAGAGGCGCCGCCUGUCGCUGUCCCCACGCCGCGGCGACACGCGGCUGCCACCGGGGGCUGCCCGCAGAGACCCCAGGAUUUUGGGUGACCCCAAAACCGCCCCUCCUCCCCUCUCAGCCGCUGAUCCGGCCCCAUGAGCCGCCCUGGGCUCGUCCUGGCCGCGCUGGGGCUGCUGGUUUCGGGGGUCGGGGGGUCCCCGGGGCGGCUCCCGGAGGACGCGGAGCAGGAACACGGCUACUACCUGCGGCAGCUCUUCGGCCAGUACGGGGCCAACGGGACGCUGCCCUUCGAGGGGCUGGCGCGGCUGCUGGGCAGCCUGGGGCUGGGCAGGGUGCAGGUGGUCCAAAUCCAGCACGAGGAGCUGGGCCACGGCCACGUCAGCCACCUGGACCUGCUGGAGGUGCAGGAGGACAAGCACCGGCACCGGCACCCGCUGUGGGAGCACGGCGGGGACCCCCCGAGCCCCCCGCUCAGCCCCCCGCCCUCCCCGACGCCGAGCUGGCCCGAGGCGGUGCCCGCAGAGCCCCCCGCGGUUGGGGGGGUCCCCCGGCAGUUCCAGCCCACCCUCAGCCUGCUGGGGAGGGUCCUGGGCUUGGAGCACUCCAGCGCCGACCACCCGCAUGAUGAUUGCCUGAACGUGAGCCAGCUGCUGGUGAAUUUUGGGCUGGACCCGGUGGCGCAGCUGACACCCGAGCAGUUCACGCUGCUCUGCCCGGCGCUGCUCUACCAGAUCGACAGCCGCGUCUGCAUCCAGCACAGCGAUGAGGUGACGCUGCCUCCCCCGGGGGGGGCCCCCUGGCCAGCGCUGGGCUGGGCGCUGCUGGCCGUGCUGUCCGUGAGCCUCCCGUCGGCGCUGGCCGUGCUGCUGGCGCCGCUGCUGAGCCGCGCCUCCUUCCGCUCGCUGCUCGCCUUCCUGGUGGCCCUGGCCGUGGGGACACUCUGCGGGGACGCGCUGCUGCACCUCUGGCCGCACGCGCAGGGGCGGCACUCGGAGGCCCCGGGGGAGCCGGACCCCGCCGUGCUGCAGGGGCUGGCGGUGCUGGGCGGCAUCUACCUGCUCUUCCUGCUGGAGCUGCUCCUGGGCAAGCUGCGGCACCGGCGGGAGGCCGCGGGACACGCCCACGGAGAGACCCCCGGCCCGGCCACGGGGAUCCUGGCACCGUCACGGGCAGGGACCGAGCUGCGGCACUUGACGGCCCCGGAUCCGGAGCUGGAGCUGAGACCCCCCGAGCCCUCCCAGGGACCCUCACACUCCCACGGACACUCCCACGGACACUCCCACGGCCCCGCGCUGCCCCUCGGGCCCGCGGCCGCUGGCACCGUGUGGAUGGUGGUGCUGGGAGACGGCGUCCACAACCUGAUGGACGGGCUGGCCAUCGGAGCCGCCUUCUCGCACAGCCUCUCCAGCGGGCUCAGCACCGCGCUGGCCGUGCUGUGCCACGAGCUGCCGCACGAGCUGGGUGACCUGGCCGUGCUGCUGCGGGCGGGGGCGGCCCCGCGCUCCGUGCUGCUGCUCAACCUCCUCUCGGCGCUGCUCUCGGGGCUGGGGGCGCUGGCGGGGGUCGCCCUGGGCCACAGCGGGACCCCGCUCGCCCCCUGGCUGCUCACGGCCACCGCCGGCGUCUUCCUCUACGUGGCGCUGGCCGAUAUGCUCCCCGAGGCGCUGCGCGGCCCCGGCGGGGGCGGCUGGCGGCUGCUGGCGCUGCAGAACGCGGGGUUCCUGCUGGGCGCGGGCACCAUGCUGGGCAUCGCCCUGGCCGAGGGGCACCUCCGCUCCUGGCUGCAGCCCUGAGCCGUCCUCCCCCUCCCCAAAAACCCCCCCCGGGGAUCCCCCCGAGCCGGGAGCCUCGGGCUCAGCCCCCGCCGAGGGGAUUUGGGGGUCCCCUCGCUGCCCCCCGUCCUCUCCCGGGGUUGGAUCCGAGCGUGUUCCCCCCUCCCGACCCUCCGGGUUAAUAAACGGAAUUGAUCCAGAGGCACAAUAAAAAUAAAAUAAAAUAAAAUAAAAAAA